ACAGUAGUUUGCCAUGCAGGGAUUGAAGAUUGCACUACAACAGCAGUGCACUUGAGGCUACACUAGGGGCGGAGUUUGACCUCCCAAGUCUCAAAACAUCACUAAUCCGCGUCGGACAUUCUGGUCCAGGCCAUCAUCGGCCCUGUUUGGACUCACAAAAAAAAAAAAAAAAAAGAGACGAAUUACCAGAGAAACAACAACAACAGCCCUGCAGUUCUCUCUGCUGCGGAAUCACACGGACGCUCGGGCUUGUGUGCGCGUCGGAGCGGGGUUUUGGGAACGAGCGCGUUACAUGCGGCUGGACGUAUCUGCAGUCAUCUCUCCGCCAGUUUUAUUUGCACAAUUCAGCGGCAAGUCGUGGGAUUUUUUGCGGCUUUGACAGCUGGAUCGCUCUGCGUCCGACGACUGGCCGCUUCCUCCCCCCAUCUAACCAAAGUUGCCAUUCAAUGUCCAGAGGCACAUGGCUGAGGCUGCCCUGUGGCUGAUCCUAACGAUGCUUUCGACAAACCGCUCUGGAGGUGCGUGGGGAUGAAAUGGAUGGAGCCGAUGGCCAGACCAACGCACCAGCUCCCACGUCCCAGCAUGUCCAGCUGCAGCAAGUCUCCCCCCAACUCUGGAGAAGUUGCAGGCUCUAACUCCAUGGCAUGGGUGAAGAUGUUCAAAAAACCUGGCGGAGGUCUUAAGAAAUCCUACCAGCCUGGGAGCAUGCUCUCUCUCGCCCUCACCAAAGGCCUGCUGAAUGAGCCCGGGCAGAACAGCUGCUUCCUAAACAGCGCUGUUCAGGUGCUUUGGCAGUUGGACAUUUUCAGGAGAAGUCUGAGGCAGCUCUCAGGUCACUUCUGUCUCGGUGAUGCCUGCAUUUUCUGCGCUUUAAAGAGCAUAUUCAGCCAGUUUCAGCAAAGCAGAGAGCGCGUUCUUCCCUCCGACAGCCUGCGGAACGCCCUUGCCGAAACUUUUAAGGAUGAGCAACGCUUCCAGCUCGGCCUGAUGGAUGAUGCUGCUGAGUGCUUUGAGAACAUCCUGGAGCGAAUCCAUUUGCACAUAGUUUCAGACACAGCGACUGACGCUUGCUCAUCCAAAUCCUGUAUCACCCAUCAGAAGUUUGCAAUGAUGCUUUAUGAGCAGUUUGUGUGUCGCUGCUGUGGUGCAUCUUCAGACCCACAUCCAUUCACAGAAUUUGUACAUUAUGUCUCCACCACUGCUUUAUGCCAACAGGUCGAUCGCAUGUCGGGGAAGAGCGAGCGACUGAGGUCAGACAUGUUUGGAGAAUUGCUGCAGGCAGCAAACAACACAGGUGACCUCCGAAGUUGCCCGAGUGACUGUGGUCAGAGCAUCAAGAUCCGCCGCGUUCUCAUGAACUGUCCAGAGAUCGUGACUAUUGGAUUUGUGUGGGAUGCUGAGCAGUCUGAUCUUACAGACGAUGUCAUUCGGUCUCUUGGCCCACGUUUAAACCUUUGUGGGCUUUUCAACCGAGUCACUGAUGAAAAUGCCAAACGGAGUGAGCUACAUCUGGUGGGGAUGAUCUGUUUUGCGAGUAAACAUUACUCCGCUUUUGCCUAUCACACCAAAUCUUCAAAAUGGAUGUUUUUCGACGACGCCACCGUAAAGGAGAUUGGAUCCAAAUGGAAAGACGUUGCCUCUAAAUGUAUCAGGGGACAUUUCCAGCCUCUUCUUUUGUUUUACACCAAUCCUGAGGGAAGUCCGGUAUCUAAUGAAGAUGCACCGAGACAAACCACCAUGUGUCCUCGGUACAAAGCCCAAGUAAACGGUGAUGUGACCGUGAAACAUCCACUUGGCAGUCCUAACAGAUUUCAGGAGCCUUUCAUGGAGAAUUUGCAGAGGCCGGGGGAAACAUCGAAGAAGGACAGAGGGCAUCGAAGGACCGACCCAUCACAACACAAAGAUAUGGCACAUACAAGAUCUUCAUCUCCACCUGAGAACGGGCCAAGGCCUCCUGUGGAAAAAGUGAAAAGCCAUCCACGUGCUGAGAAGUCAUCAAACCAUUCAAGCAGAGCAUCUCAGGAGCCACAUGGACAAACCUUAGGUACACAGAGUGGUGGCCACAGCCGGAGGACCAACACGUCCCCCAGUCGCCACGAUCAGGAUAGCUGCCACGAACAAUGGGAGAAAGGCGGGAAUGGAGGAAGCCGUGGUAAGUCCAAGUCCACUUGGAGACCCAUCCGGGAGGUGUUAAACGUGGACACGGUGCUGAAUGAACUGGAGCAGCGCCGUCAGCAGCAACACGACAGCCCGCGGUGCAGCAAGCCUUCGUCCCAGGAAAGAGCGCACGCUGAGCAAAGCCGAGACCGAGAGCGGGAAUACGCGAGAACCAGAGAAGAUCGGAAACAGAAGUGUUUAAUGACGAUUUACGAGGACGAGCAGCGGCAGGAGACCGAGAGCCACAGCUCGGUGGAGUCGGAGAGCAGGACGAGCCAGCAGAGGGGCAGCAGGCUGAAGGGAGGCCCCAAGACUCUGCUGCGAAGCGACACCUGGACCAUUCAAAGGACAGAGUCUGGAUAUGAGAGCAGUGACAGACUCAGCAGUGGCUCCACCAAUCCUGACUCCCCGGGGGUUGACGGCUUUGCGGUUAAAGACCAGAGAUCAGCUCCAGAGGUGCAGUUGCAAAGUCAGCUGCACCAAAAGGGGGGCGAUGCGAAAUCAGCGUCCUCACCUUCACACAACGGUAAACAUCAACCCAAACCUCAGGGAAAGAACCAUGACCAAGUUUCACACUCACAUCUAAAGGGCAGUCCAAGUUCAAGACGGAAAUCAAAGUACACUUCUAGCACCUCCAGAAAAGCAGCGUCUUCAGAGAGGAACUCUUCUGGUUCAGAUAGCAGGCAGAGUGAGCAGCAGGAGCUGACAAACUGUAGAGGGCACACUGGAGAAAGUACAACCCUGAGGCACAUUACAAAAACCAGCAGCUCAGAAUGGAACAGCUCCGAUGAUCUUGCUCUCUCUGAACCCGAGGACAGAGAAAGCACUUACCUCUCCAGUAACAGCGAGGCCGCCGCCUCCGAUUCCCAGUGUCCCCACAUAGCCCUGCCAUACCAUCCUCCCAGCAACGUGACUGCAGAGCCUCUCCAGCUGAACAACCAACGUCAGCUCGCUACGACAGGGUCGCCUCACCUUCGACCCGCUCAACGGAUUUCUUCUCACCAGGGCGAAACGAGUCACGCAGCGUUUCGCCCCAGGAUGCUUCAAGAAACUUUCCCAUCAAGUCCUCGUCUUUCAUCUACAUCCUACAUUAGUCCUCACAGGAAGCCUGACAUGUCGGGCCUCCGAACCUUCUCAGAUGCAAGCUCCAAGUCGGGCUCUGACCCGGAGAGGAGUACCCCGUCAUCGUGUGAAAGUGAGGAAAGACUAACUGGGUGCAGAGUGGAACAGGCAGUGCCAGCUCAAGAGGUUUCUCUGACAACAUACUUUAAUGUGGAUAACUGUAUGACGGAAACAUACCGUCUCAAGUACCACAACCAGAGGCCUCUUGUCCUCUCUGCCACGGUGCCACGGACAGUGAUUGCGAGUGAGAGGAGAGAUAAUAGCCACACACUCCCUAGUGACACACACUCACAAGACGUGCCAAAAGCCAGACCUGAAACAAGCCAUAAUAGCAAUAAACCCACUGCAAAAUGGAACCCAGUGACAGCCAAAGGACUGGAUGAGCGUGGUUUUUUAUGAGUGUUACUUGGUAAGUUUUGUUUACACGGAUGGACAGGAUUAACUGGAUGCCAAAGAGUUUACAGAAUGGAAACAUGUUCAGAAGCCCUGACUUCUCCAAACUGAGCGGAGCUUAUUUAUGCAAGCUUGUCACAUAAGUAAAACCUAUUUCUAAAUGCUGUUAUGAAUUGUUUGACGGAUUAUCAACGAUCACAUAUAUCUUCCAUCGUCCAACAGUAUUGCUGCGAGAAGAUUUAGUUCUAAAUCUUGUUUUUCAGUUUGCACAAUGGGUGUUUGGAGAAUUCUUUUUAUCACCUUAUGACAAGGUUAAAAUAUUUAUUUUUUUAUUUGUGCAAUAGUACUGCAGAGGUGCUGCGGAACGGCAGAUAAGACAUAUAUUUAAGGUCAGGCUUUGAGAGAUUAUGGUGAGCCACAGGUGAUGCUGUGAUCUGUACAGGAAUUAUACAGACAUGAGAGAAUGAAGUGUGAUGACAAAUCACAGCAUGUUGAAAUGGAAAGGUACGUUAGAGAUACUUUAUCAGAUUAUGAUGUCAUUCUACACAGUACAAUAAAAUCAAAGGUUUGCCUCAUCAACAGCAGGUUGAAGGUAGUUCAUGAAUUACACCUAUUAAAUAGUAAGACUGGAGACGUGUUUAAUUAGUAUCUGGGCAGCUUACCGACUUUAUGCACAUUGGGGACUUAAGCUCCCCAAAGAACAGACACUGCAACAAAUACAUUAUGUUUUAUUGCUGAUUACUUUCAAGUGUUGUCAUUUAUCAGUUCUUUUACGACAUUUAUGUGUUAAUGAAUGACCGCUGGCUGCCCCCUAUCAGUCUGCCAACUUUGCUGUACAAGUCCUUCGACAAAGAUUCAGAUUUGUUUAAUUUCCCUGAACAAACUAAAGCAAUGUUUAUGCAAUUUUUAAAAAAUGUGUAACUUGGUUUGACAAAAUGUGAUUUUGCAUGAGUGCAUUCCCCGUCUGGCAGUCAGUAGACGGGGCAGCCCUCGGCCCAUUCAGUGGGUUGCUAUACACGAUCACGCAGCCUUGUGUAUUCUACCUUCAACUGUGCUGGUUCUUGUAAUCCGUUUUUUUGUAACUCACAGUGAUGUCAAACUGUAUUUUUUCCAGUCUUCCUCCUUAAGUGGACAGAUUUAAACAAGUCUGUAUUUGCAGGUAUUUCCAUACUGAUGCCAAUGUAAUUGAUAUACCUAUCUGACAUUAUUACUAACCAUACAACGCAACACGCAAGUAUUCUUGUUCAUAAGAAUAAUGUUCUGAAACCUGCAUGUGGCCUUUACAACAUCAUACUAGCUGUGUGUACAGCCAAAGCAUGAGCAUGAAAAUACUGGACUGUGCGUCCAGCAAACAUAACAUUCUAUUGGAUUUUAUGUAAUUGUAAUAAAAUAAAUUCAUCAAAUAGCAAUUUGUAAUCAAGAUUGAUUUGGAAACUUUUUUUUUUUUUUUUUUAGCAUUUAAAUGUGGUUCUCUUCUCUUGCUAAUAUAUAAAUACAUCAGUUUUAAAAAGAAAUGUAUGAUGCAAACAGUGCACUGGAAAGCUGUCCAAGAUGUACUAUGCAUUCUCAGAAAAUUACUUUAAUACAGAUGUGGGUGUUUUUUUUUUUUUAAGUCUGUAUUGUGGAAAUCCGACAUUCCCAAGACCACACACAGAUUAUGUUGCUUCAUUUUCAAAUAUUAGCAACAUUUUUUUAUUUUAUUUUUUUUCCAUUUUCUGAUCACUAGAUUGCCAAGUCUUUUUCCUAAACAACCUGCCAUUUAUACAAAUGUUUCCACUUUGCAUUUUUAUCUAUUCACAGUAACCUUUGUCCAGGUGUUUCUCAACUCCUCUCACUGAGUACAUCUAGUCACUAAAUCUGCCAUGUGUGUGUGUGCCGUGUUCGUGCUGUCUGACACCAAAGGAUAGUGUUUAGAGAUAGUGUUUUAUCUGAUCACGCCUAAGCUAGUGGUUUUGAGCAUCUAUCUGCAUUUCGCACAGUUUAUUUAUUGACACUGUUUAAACUGAAGAAAAAACAUGUAACGCUGAGAAUUUCUUUGAUCAGUCUCACCUCUCACUGAUACUGUACGCACCGGACACAUACUAGACUGCCUUUAAAUAGGUUUAUUGUGCUGUAGUAAUUAUAAAUCACUGUUAUUUUAAGGUACCUGAUAUAUUCACAGAAUAUAUAAAUUAUAAAUUACUGAAUGAGAUGAAGCUCAGUCCAAGUAUAUUAACCAGAUUACCUUAAUGUUGUCUCACCUGCAAAGUGUUUUGUUGUGUUUUUUUUAUCUUAUAACUAAUGCUUGUUUCAUUUAUUUACUGCAUUUUCCUGUUAUUUAUGUUCUUCAUCUGUAAAGUAGGAAUUCUCUCGUUUUGUUUUGCAUUCUGAACAUUGUGUCUUCAGUUGUAUCAAUAGUGCCUUGACAUUUUUAGUGGAACAUGUUCUUUCUUUUUCUUCUUUUUUUUGUGUGAGUUAACUACAUUUAGGGAAUGAAGGAGGCGAAUGGAAGGGAACAGAGGAUGUGAUGAAAUACUUUUUAAAUAUGCAAUGCUAACCGUGACAUAUCUGAUGCUCCUCUGUGAGCGUCAGGGGCAGGUCCAGGUCUGGUCAUCCUAAAAGCCCCCUUUCAGAUCUCCAAACUACAAUCACUCACAGCUCAAUCAGGAAAAUUUGAUUCAGACACCAUGUGCGGAAAGUAAGGAAAUCUGUGCUUAUAAAGUAGCGAGUGCAUCCCACCUCCUGGGCAAGCAGGACUUGGUGCUGAACCUCAACGUGUAAUAACUGCAAGAUUUUUCUUCACUUGAGCUAUUGUAUGUGUAUGAAUACAUUUGUGGCUUGCACCCAUUGUCUGCAGGCUUUAUGUAUGCUACAGGUCUGUUUUCCUCCUGUGUCUCAUGUCACAGUUGGCAUUGCAUCAAUCCAUAUCCUUUACCGCGUGCUAAACAUACAGGGACAGAACCUAAUUACACUGUAUUGCAUCAACACUCCAGAACAAAAGAGAACUUUUUCCGCAUUAUGUCACUGAUUUCAUCUGAUAAGUCACAGGCUGAUGUGGCCUGAUGUGUCGGACCUGUAUGCCUCACUGAAUCCUACUGUCAUACCUCUGUGUGGUCUGGUCUGUGGAUUUGGCCUGACAUUACUGCUGAAUUGAGUUGUUUCAGUGAAUGCUUCAUUGACAUGUGUAAGUACAGAUCAAUUUAAAGAAACAUGUAAAAUCUGUCUACACUUUAUAUUUUUGUAGAUAAUAUAUAUUUAUUUUUAUUCAUUGUUGAAUAAAGUUUCAAUUACUGUAUCACUCUCAAA